AUGCAAGGAACACCAGCCGUCACACAUCUCCCCGAGCCGGGUCAUCUACGAGAGAGGACCAAAUUGAUCAACCCAGCCGGUUAUUCAACCCAGCCCCCUCCGUCAGAUCGCCCUGUGCGGAUCUUUGUCCAUGGUGUAUUUGAUUUGUUUCACGCGGAGUAUUACUUUGCCCCAAUAUACAUCACCGCGGUAUCAGCAACACACGUUCAUUUCCUAAAAGUUACUAAAAACAUAUUCCCCGAGACGUACCUCAUCGCGGGAGUCACUACCGAUAAUGACACUUUGCGAGUCAAGGGGUUGACGGUUAUCUCAGCAGCCAGUCGUGCGGAGGUAGUCAGGGGAUGCAAAUAUGUCGAUGAGGUCGUUCAAGAUUGUGAGCCAGUCUUGACGCCCGAGUUCAUGAAGGAGCGUCAGAUCGACUACUUUGCCCACUCCGAUACAGUAGAGCCAGACCCGUAUCGUUUUGUCAAGGAGGACGGGAAGUUCUUGGUUGUUCCAAGGGUAAAAGAUGGGGAAUCUACUACUCAGAUCAUCUCACGCGUCCUCCGCAAUCGGGACAAGUAUGUGCUCCGGCAAUUAAAGAAUGGCGCUUCGUUGAAAGAUAUGAAGAUUACGUGGUUGAAACUGCAGUGGAUCAAAAUAUGUUCAAAAGUCGCCUAG